AGAGCUGUAAAGUGAAAUUAAAGAAACACCAUCCUGGAGAUCAGGAGCAGUAAUAACUCGCUUUAUGUCGCAGCUUUACGCGCCGUGGCUCGAUCUGACGCGCAGCAGCAGGUGAGCGCACAUGGGAGGGAGCACGUUCCUCCGUUUGAGUCAGUGACUGAGGAAAAGUCUCUGAGAAGAAGUAGAGCCCCCCACAGGAGCGCAGCGGGGGGCCAUGGUGUCGGAUCCCGCCCCCUGUCCGGCCAGCGCACGGAGGUCCUCUGCAGCGCUGGCCCGUGGGAGCAGACCCCCGGACCUGGAGCUGAUGGAGACCACCUUCAACGAGACCCCGCUGGACGAGGGCACGUUUCGAUUCAAAAUGCCAGGGGACGGGACCACCCCCAGUGAGGCACCCCCCAUCCACCCGCACCCCUACCACUCCCACCCUCGGAUGUCCAUGCGCAUGUCGGUGUACAGCACCGGGAUCCGACCGGCCCUCACCCGGGCGAUCGUCCAGGGACGCGUGUACAACUUUCUGGAAAGGCCGUCUGGCUGGAAGUGCUUCGUGUACCACUUCAGUGUGUUUCUCAUAGUUCUGGCUUGUCUGAUCCUGAGUGUCCUCUCCACCAUCGACCAGUACCAGGCUCUGGCCCACACCACACUCUUCUGGGUGGAGAUCGUCCUUGUCGUGUUCUUCGGCGUGGAGUACUUUGUCCGCCUCUGGUCGGCCGGCUGCCGCAGCAAGUACGUCGGCAUCUGGGGCCGACUGCGCUUUGCCAGGAAGCCCAUAUCUAUUAUAGACCUGAUCGUGGUUGUUGCCUCGGUGAUCGUUCUGUCGGUGGGAUCCAAAGGGCAAGUGUUCGCCACCUCUGCUGUGAGAGGGAUUCGCUUCCUGCAGAUCCUGCGCAUGCUUCACGUUGACCGGCAGGGAGGAACCUGGCGUCUCCUGGGCUCGGUGGUCUUCAUGCAUCGGCAGGAGCUGAUCACGACCUUGUACAUCGGCUUCCUGAGCCUGAUCUUCUCCUCCUACUUUGUCUACCUGGCAGAGAAAGACGCCGUCGACAGCAGCGGCUCCGUCGAGUUUGGGAACUACGCCGACGCUCUGUGGUGGGGAGUGGUGACGGUGACGACCAUCGGCUACGGAGACAAAGUGCCACAGACCUGGAUCGGAAAGACCAUCGCCUCCUGUUUCUCAGUCUUUGCCAUUUCCUUCUUCGCCCUGCCUGCAGGGAUCCUGGGCUCCGGCUUCGCCCUGAAGGUUCAGCAGAAGCAGAGACAGAAACACUUCAACAGACAGAUCCCUGCAGCCGCCCGCCUCAUUCAGACGUCAUGGAGAUGUUUUGCGGUGGAGAACUUGGAAUCAGCCACGUUCAAGAUGUUUUUGAAGAAGCGGUCCCACCUCAUUGCCGCCUCGUUGUCUACGCCCAAGACCAAGAAAUCGGUGAAGAUAAGGAAGAAGUUGAAGAGCACAGACAAGGACAACGGUCUGAUGUCUCCCACCAUCCCCAGCAUCACCUUCGACUCGGUGUUUGACAGCGGGAGGGAGCUGAGCUCGGACGUUUACAGCACCGUGGGCACAGAUCAUCAGCAGUCCUGGACGUCUUUAUCCUCCCUUCAGUUCAGCUCCCCCCCUCCAGUGGAGAGACGCCCGGGCCUCUUGGAUGUUCAGUCCCCCCCCCACCUCCAGAGGAACUGCAGCUUCGCAGACGACCUGGAGCUGGAGCCGGAGCGCUACAGCGAGCUGGCUCCCGUCAGCUCAGUGUCACAAAUGACAGAGUCGCACAGAAAAGCCAUUCGAGUGAUCCAGAGGAUGCGCUACUUCGUGGCCAAGAGGAAUUUCCAGCAAGCGCGUAAGCCGUACGACGUGCGGGACGUGAUCGAGCAGUACUCCCAGGGUCACCUCAACCUCAUGGUGCGGAUCAAGGAGCUGCAGAGGAGAAUGGACCAGUCUUUAGGGAAGAUAACUUUGUUCCAGACGGGCCCAGACAGAGCCAGGGACAAAGGCACCAACUCCAUCGGCUCCAGACUCAACAGGAUGGAGGACAAGAUAACGCACGUGGACCAGACUCUGAAGCGUAUUGCCGAGUCGCUGUCCUUCCUGCGGGACCAGAGGGACGCCGGGGGGGGCGAAGGUGGGGACAGGCCGAGACCUCAGCCAAGGCGGAGCAGUAAUGUCGCCCCCCCCGGCCAGGACAGCCUGCCGAGCUACGAGCAGCUGUCCUCAUCGCCCUCGUCCGUCUCCUUCAGCAACGCACCUGGUUCCAACGCUCGCUUCACUGCCACGGCCAAUCAGGACGAGGGCUGCUGAUCCGUCUCUCCAUCCGUCCAUCACUCCGACUGUCUGUCUGUCCCCCUGUAUGUCCCUCACUGUCUGUCUGUCCACCUGUAUGUCCCUCACCGUCUGUCUGUCCACCUGUAUGUCCCUCACUGUCUGUCUGUCCACCUGUAUGUCCCUCACCGUCUGUCUGUCCACCUGUAUGUCCCUCACCGUCUGUCUGUCCACCUGUCUGUCCCUCACUGUCUGUCUGUCCACCUGUAUGUCCCUCACUGUCUGUCUGUCCACCUGUAUGUCCCUCACUGUCUGUCUGUCCACCUGUAUGUCCCUCACUGUCUGUCUGUCCACCUGUAUGUCCCUCACCGUCUGUCUGUCCACCUGUAUGUCCCUCACUGUCGGUCUGUCCACCUGUAUGUCCCUCACCGUCUGUACAUCCAUCCACUGUUGUUCCUAUCCCAUUCAUCCAUCUCUGUCCAUCUCUAUCCAUCCAUUCAGCUUUUCGUCAGUCCACCCACUGUUAUUUCUAUCCCAUCCAAUCCGUCUGUCUGUCCAUCCGUCCAUCCAUCCAUCCAUCCGUAUAUUUAUUCCAUCCGUCCAUCUCUCUUAUCAGAAACAUCUCAUGAGACUGUUAAUAAGUGAAAGAGAAGAAAGAAAUGAAAUGAUUUCCAUGUUGGUUUGUUUCAUAGCAGAAGUCUGUUAGAUGUAUUCAGGCUAAAGCAGCAGCAUCAUGUUCUGUGAUUCAAUAUCAUAUAAAUAUAUAUAUAUUUGAAAUCAUUUUAAUCACCUUCAUCUUUGGGGAGAGGCCUUAUAUUUCAUUACUUCUCAUAUCAUUUUAAUCAAUUGCUGUUUUCCCCUUUUUAAUUUUAAUUUCACCUUUUCUCGCGAAUGUUUAGACGUAUUCUUCUGUAGCAAUAAAUGAUUGUGGUUAUUAUUAUUAU